GAGAUUUUGGGGUGUCAGAUCAGUAGUUUCCAUUUAACAGGAAGUGUUUAACGACAUGUGUGGGAAAUGACCUGUCAGAUACCAGUCAGAUUUUCUUUGAGGAUUUGUGGUUAAGUAAGAGCGGUGCCUGGUUCAUGAAGUGAAAGAGACAGAGAAACAGAGAGGGAGAGCAAGCCAGGAGGGGGGGGAGAAAAAAAAGAAGCAUGGAGACCUUUGUCUUUAUGUUUCCUCAAUUCGACUUCUCUGGCCCCUAGGAGGAAGUGCGUUUCAAAAUGCUCGGUGAGACUGUGUGGCGUGCUACCAGAAUGAAAGACAGCCAUUCGAGGAAUAAGGACAAGGUCAAAGACAAGGACAAGGACAAGGACAAGGACAAAAAGUAUAGACUCAGCCUUUUGAUGACCAGAUCAGGAUCUCAUGAAAACGUGAGCCCGGAUAAAAAGGCAUCGUCCAAGAUUCAAAUUCCACCUGAGGUCGCUUUGAGCUGGAGCAGUUCCUUCGAAGAUCUCCUGGCACAUUCAGAUGGAGUGGAGACCUUCACACAAUUCUUGCGCUCUGAGUUCAGCGAGGAGAACAUUGAGUUCUGGUUAGAGUGCGAGGACUACAAGAACUCGACGUCUCCUGCCAACCUGCAAUCCAAGGCCAGGCAAAUGUACGCCGUAUUUAUCGAUGCAGAGGCUCCCAAAGAGAUUAACAUCGACCACUCGACCAAACUGGACAUCCAGAAGAACAUCGCGCAAGCGACGCAGUCAUGCUUCGAUGCGGCGCAGAGCAAAAUCUACGCCUUGAUGAAGAAGGACUGCUACCCGCGUUUCCUCACCUCUGACAUCUACCUGAGCCUGACCAAGAGGAAAGUGCCGCCGACCAUGACCAGGCGAAGGUCUCGGUCUUUUGUCUUCAGCGAGCGUGAAGAUAACGCAACAGCCUGGAUGUAGCUCCUGAACAGAAUUUCGGACAGUAUCGUUUUCUGGUGCAGCGCCAAUCAGACCUUAAAAACCGUCACAGAAUUUGAAAAGGCAUUUUUUAUGGUUAUUAUAACAAUUAUAUUGUUUUUAAUGGUAAGGAAUGAAAUGUGUAAUGGUUUUAAACCUUGAAAAAAAGAAAAGUCUUCUAUUGGUGGUUCCAAUUCUGGAUACCGUUAAGGACCAAUUGAACAUCUCGAACAAUUUAAAUUCUGGUUUCAUUACUGGACACCAUUAGGAGGUCAUUAAGGCUCCAGAUUCCAGUCUUUGGUUUGAUGAUAAUAAUAUGAGGAUGUUCACAAUCCCACCUUGUAGCCAUGGAAACUAUUUGGUAUUUUUAUUUUUUUUAUGGCUAACAGCUGAAGGUAUUUCCAGUGGAAACCAUUGGAAUUUCUGCAAUUUGUUUUGUUUAUUUGUUUCUUGUUUUAUUUUUUUUUUUGGCAGAGAUCAAUUGAUAUGGCUUAGCUCAAAUAAAAAAAAAUAUAUUUUUUGCAAUACGUUCAAUAUAGCUAAGUCUAACUCCAUACAGGACAGUUUUUUUGACAAAUACGACUUGAAAUAUACUUGGACUUCAUCAGCAUGGCCUGUUUAUAUAUCACGUAGCUAUCCACGUUAACUGUCUAGCUAAAUUUGAUUAGGAUUGAUACAUUUAUGGUCCAAUGGUGUUCAUUGUGAAUCCCUGAAAGGCUGCAAGGCAAAUCUCAGGUUCGUAGUGACACGAUUUUAUUUUUAUACCUUAUGGUUUCUAUAGUAACAGCUUGUUUGCAACGGAUGAUGGACAUGAAUGUCAAGCUAAUAGCCAAUGGAUUCAAAAUGAAACAUCUUCAAGAAAAAACAAUGGUUAACAUCGAAGGUUUUCCGUAAGCGGAAGUUGAUUCAAAGGAAGGAGUUUCCAGAGGCAGAGCUUUGUAGCAGCUUUUAGGUAUUUUUAGUACGUUUUUUGUGACUUAAUUAUAUUUGUAUGCGCUUGUAAUAGUUAUAUAUAUUAAUAAUAGUAAUAUAUAAUAAGAGACGAGGCAAAAAUCGACGGCUAACUUGUUUUGCAACCAAAUGAUAUGCAAUGUCAAGCUACAUGCAUUACAGCACACCCCAUGAGUGUUUUAUCCUUGACUGCAAGCUACUUCAAGCUAAUUACCAAUAAAACUGACGAUCAGAUGAUUGCAGUUGCACUUAAGCUCCGCCCCCAUUGGAGUCCUAGGAAACCGCGAAAUCAGUGUUCCAUACAUAUCAAUUUCACGUUUUUUUUUGUUUGUUUGUAAAUUCGUGUGUAUAGUUGAUAAGAAUAUCUGUUUACAGAAUUGCAAGUAUUAAACAAUGUCCCUGUUCUAUGAGAAACUAUUUUUGAAUGCAAGUAAUACAGAAAUAUUACAGAAUAAAGCAUUUCCUUUCUGUUUAUACUUUCGUAUUAUUCCACUCCUGACAUGCACAUUAGCAUUGUUUUUUUUUUUUUAUUUUGGACAUAAUCACUUUCGAGUAUUAACGUGAGCCAUGAAUUAUUUAUUGACUAAAGCUUUUGCCAUUUUUAUAGCCAGGAAUGUCAUAAUGCUAAUCUAUUUCUUGCAGCAUUACAAUCAUUGCUUUUGUUUGUAAAUUGUAUAUACAACCUGCGUUAUUAAUCCUUGUAUGAUAAAAUUGUUUCCCCAAAAAUCGCCUGAAUAAAGC